CAGCAGCGGAGUCAGUCGUGAUCGGUGUGUGUGUGCUUGUGCGCUCUUGAUUUCUGAGAUGCUGGAAAGAUAGCGAGACUGACGGGAUGGCAGGAAUAAUUAAAAAGCAGAUCCUGAAGCAUUUGUCCCGGUUCACAAAGAACCUGUCCCCAGAUAAGAUCAACCUGAGCACGCUGAAGGGAGAGGGCCAGCUGUCCAACCUGGAGCUGGAUGAGGAGGUCCUGCAGAACAUGCUGGAUCUGCCCACCUGGCUGGCUGUCACUCGCGUCUACUGCAACAAAGCUGCUAUAAGGAUUCAAUGGACAAAGCUGAAGACAAGCCCCAUAUGUUUGUUCCUGGACAAAGUGGAAGUUGAGAUGAGGACGUGUGAGGAACCCCGGCCCCCCAAUGGCCCCUCCCCGAUUGCCAUUACUGCAGGUCAAAGUGAGUAUGGCUUUGCUGAGAAGGUUGUGGAGGGAAUGUCCGUGAUCAUCAACUCCAUCACCAUUAAAGUGCAGGCACGGGCAUUCCACGCCUCCUUUGAGCUCUGGCAGCUCCAGGGCUGCAGCCUCAAUCCCAAAUGGCAGAAGAGUGACCUGCGCAACACCCGUAUUACCCAUCCCAAGAGAGGAGAGGUCCUCACAUUCAAGGAGAUCAACUGGCAGAGCCUGCGCAUUGAGGCAGAUGCAAUAGAGAGUGACGAGCAGGAUCUGGCCAGCACGCCACUGCGCCUCAUUACCAAUCAAGGACGCAUACGUAUUGCUCUCAAACGCAGGGUGAAGGACUGUAAUGUGUUGGCCUCUAAGCUGCUGUUUAUACUUGAUGACCUGCUGUGGGUGCUGACAGACUCUCAGCUCAAGGCCAUCAUACACUACGCCAAGUCUUUGAGUGAGGCCAUUGAGAAAUCAGCACAGCAGAGGAAGAGUAUGGCUGCUGAAAAACUACAGACUGCCCCUCCCUCUCCUGGGAUCCACUCUCUGUGGACUGAACCUCCUUCGCCUCAAUCCGUCAAGACCCCCAGCACACUGGCCCAGUGUUUUGACCUCCAUGAUGUCAAAGAAUCGUCCUAUCACACCUUUAUUUCUCGUCUUGACUUGCAUAUCUGCAACGACAGCUCUUCAGAUACCAAUGAAGCUCCGCCUCCAGGCACGCAGGGUGCUAUGCAGCUGACAUUACGAAAGCUGGGCUGUGACUACUACCCUUUCCACAGACCAGGUGACGGCUGUCGGCACUGGGAACGUCACUGCGGGGCGAUGGAGUCUCGUGCUCAGUGGGCGGCUAAACUGCUUCAGGAGUUCCAGAGGAGAGUGGAAGAUCUGGGCAUCCCUGGACCUCAUUCAGAAACACCUGCAUCUGCUAAAGACUCUCCAGCCAAACGGUUCAAGGUAGAGGGGGAACCUCUGUCCAGUGUCAGUCCCGAAUGGGCUCAGACCUCUCGGCUGAGUUCAGCAACCGCCCCGUCCACAGGAACCCCACUGAAGAGACUUCGCUCCAGCUGUAUGGUGAUCCGUGUGGACGAUCUGGACAUCCAUCAGGUGUCCACCGGGGGGCAUCACAGCAAGAGAACUCAGUCUUUCCUUUCCUGUAACCGCAAAUCCCUACAUCUCCCAGACAACACUCCUGCAAUCCACCUUCAGUUCACAGAGUACUACUUCCCUGAUAAUCCUGGACUUCCUGACCACUACUUUUUCCUCCCACUGUCUGUUCUCUCUCUAGUACCCUGCUCUAAUCUUUAUGCCCAGCUGAAUGGUCUACAGCUGUGUCUGGAUGCUCCAAGUGUACUGUGGAUGACUCUGUUCUCACGGGGUCUACACAGGACACUGGAUCAGGUCAAAGCCUUUUACCACCUCCAAGACAGCAGCAAGAGUGACGAACACAUCGAUAUUCGCAUGGAUGCAACACGACUGAAGUUGAUCAUUCCUCUGGAAUCCUCCAUUCUGGGCCACCCAGACCGCCCUCAGUCGCUGAGCAUCAGUCUUCCUCAAAUCGUCCUCAGCAACACUCGCCACUCUCCUCACGGUUCCUGCAUUGACCUAAACAGCACCUACAACAGCUUCUCUGGUUGUCCUUUCUUCCAGCCCAUUGAGUUCCAACCUUUCCCUCGUGACCAAAGCAUACUACAUCCCCUGCCAUCCGCAUUCCUUCAACACUCUCUGGAAAACGAACCCCCUCUCCGACCCUCUCGCUCUCAAGACAUCUGGUCUGUCAGUCUAUCCAGAGUAACUCUAGGCUUCGAGGGGGCUCGUCGAGGGCUCAGGGGGAAAGCCCUUCCCUUCGUGGAGCCAUUUGCCAUGUCUUUGUGGAUGUGCCAGCCUUCUGCCUUCAAAAAAGACUCCCAUUGUUUGAUUAUAGAAGGAGACUCAAAGUCCCCAACAUGUUCUAGCAAACACCCCUUUCCAGGUUCUCCGCAAGGUAUCAGUGACACCAUAUCUGAUCAAUUCGACCAUAGCAAUGGACUAGUCAACUCUCCCAUGGCUUCCAUCCAUAUCUUGGCCCAAUCUAUCACUCCAGUCAAAAUGUGGCUCAACCACUACCAGUUUGUUGCACUAUUGAGGAUGAAGGACUACCUCGCCAGACUAGCUGGAGAUUUGAGCAAGGAUGUCCAGGGUUUGGGGCAUUCAGAACAUAAACAGGAAGAUCCCCCUUCAGUGUGUGUUUCAGUCCUGAUGGAGGCAAUAGAGCUCGCUCUGUUGCUUCCUCCUGCAGUAUGUGAGCCCAAAGUUGAAGCACAAUCUCCAGAGGACACGGACACUCAAAGCCUGACAGACUCUGAUCUCUCGCCAACGCACCUCCCCGGUUUGCCUGGCUUGCUGGAGGACAGUGGGCUUGGGGGGAAUGGGUCGAUCUCUGUGGAUCAGGAGGAUGAUGCAGAGCAGGACGGAUUGGUGGAGGAGGCUUGUGAAGCUGUUGAGGAGGAAAUAGAUAGAACAACGGGGCAAGAAAAUGAAGCUCAGGCCAUUGCUUCUGCCCAGUCGCCACCUCUUUCUCCAGGGAACCCUGCGGGACUGUCCCGACAUGGCUCCACUUUCAGUCUUGAGGGGGAGCUGUCCAGUGCCCUGAAUGCCACCAAAGGUGUCACCAAAGAUGCACUCAGUGCCUCCCUGGAUCUCACCAAGGGGGCGCUGUCCAUUACGAAAGAUGCCUUCAGUCUUCUGAGCAGAGGAUCUGCCAUGACGAAGCUCUUCACUCCUCAAAACAAGGAGCAACGCUUGCGGCCAGAGGAGUCCAGUCCCUCCAUCAUGGGGAACCUGCGGCUUCAGUCCAUGAAACAGUCUCCAUCCCAAAAUUCCUGUGAUAGUGCCAUUCUAGAGGAGAGCUUGGCAGACGAUGGUUUAUCUAUUGACAGUGACAUCAGUGAAAACUUUGUCAUCCUCAUGGACUCUGAUGUGGAGUCUUUGCGUCCUAACGGUACAGCUGUUCACUCAAGCAGUUGUGUUAGUCCUGCACCAGGGACAGAAGGAGGGUCAUCAGCAGACCUCAGCAGCUCUCUGUCCCACAGCACAGAAGAUAUUGCUCAAGACAUGGUGUCUGUGUUAGUUUUGUGCCUGAGCCGGAUGGAGUGCCUGACAGAGAUGCGUGGUGAAGAUAUUGUGGUGGCGCUGGAAGCCAAGGAGCUUGUGUCUAAACAACUUGGCAACUAUAAAGUCACAGACCUGCUGGCAGGACUGACAUUAACACAAGGUGGCUCUGCCUCCUCCAGUGCUUCUAUUUCUCCUGGCCCUCAAGCUCUCUCUGACCCGCCCGCAGCAGCAGUCAGAUUGGAGAUGGGGCCACGUGCAGGCAGACACUCCCCUCUGUCUGAGAGUGUAGGGUUCAUAGAGAUUUGUUUGACAGGGUGCAGGGCUGAGCUCCUGGCUUCUACCUUAAGCACGCUGGGGCCCUUCCUGGAGGAUGAACUCAGCACAGACACGCAACCAAUGAGACUGUGGUUGUGGGACACUACCGUUACACUGAAGGAUGAUUGUCCUCGUGUCUACCCAACUGCUCCUCAGCCAGUUCCUGUACUCUUCUCUCUGGACGGCAUUGUGCUGGAGCGUUUAGAUGAUGGAAUCGUCAGCUUGAGACCUGCUCAAAGCCAAUCUGGGAUUGAGACAGAAGUGGACAGAGAGACAACUAGCCACUCCUGCUCUGGACCUCAAGAAAAGAACAAGUAAUUUUCCUGUAGUGGGAUUUGAUGUCGAAGUUGAGUGAGAUCAGGCAGGUGUCAGAAAUGGCCAGGGACACUUCAGCCCAGGGCCCAAAUGGGAUACCGUAUGGGCUGUAUAAGAAGUGCCCCAUGGUUCUUAGACUGUUAUGGAGAUUACUGAGAGUUGCCUGGAAGAAGCAGUGCGUACCUUUGGAAUGGCAAAGGGCAGUGGCCAUCUUUAUACCCAAGGUACAGGAAUCCACCAACAUUAGUCAGUUUAGGAGUAUUACUCUACUGAAUGUGGAGGGAAAUAUUUUAUUUUCGUUGGUAGCAAAGAGGAUGUCUGACUACCUCCUGAAGAAUGGAUUCAAGCUGCCAGAAGGCAGGCAUACCAGGUUUACCUGGGUGUGUGGAGUCGAGGUCUGCAUUUCCUCGGAACUGCCGCAGAACCCGUGGGACCCAAGUAGAUUUCUUGUGGAAUGGGAUUACAUUUCCGAUUUGAAGGCGGUAGUGGACAGUAUGUCCAUGAGUUGUGGAAGGGAGCGGGCAGCCAGAGAAAAGCCUAAAAAAAAAUCAGAUUUGGAUAUUUUUUUUAUUAUUAUUAGUUAAUAAAUGAAAAAAAAAAGUAAACAAACUGCUUUAUAAAAAUGUGCACACAGCAUGUACAUAAGAUGAUUCAGUAUUUAGAGCAGGCUAUGCAGGUAGUCAACUGGGUUUAGAAGAAUGGCAGGGCAAAGGAUGGACACACUGUCAUCAAAGGAUGUGAAACUCAGACUAGAAAAUGUUGAAUUUAGUGUGAAGAAAUCAACCUCAGGCAAGUCAGAUGGGUAUCAUGUCACAUGUCAUCCGAUAAUAGCAAUAACAGAAAAAUAAAACUUUGUGUACACUUGUCUAUUUGUAUGACUUUUGCGCAAUGUGGAAAACGUAUGCAGGAUUGCAGAUACUGGAGCAGUCGGGAAGAAAAUCAUUGCGGGGACAGUGCAGGUGAACAUAGAGUAAGAUUUAGCGGGAACGGGUGGGUGUAGGAUGGAGAAACUAGUCCAGCACAGACCUCUAGUGUGGAGCAUGCGUCAUUGAUAUGGGAGCAGAUCCCAUCUGGCAAGAGAGACAAGUAGGACCUCCAUGUAGUCUGGCUGGACCUGACAAAAUCCUAUGGAUCGGUUCCACACCAGCUCGUCAGAUAUGAACUGGAGUUUUGGAACUUGGUAGACAGUAACUAUGGGGACCUGCAAAUAUUUCACACAACACAGGAGUUGACAACUGGCUGGCAGCAACUGGAAAUAUCAAACCGGCAACCUUCUGAUUACCAGUUAUGUGCUUUAGCCCACUUCGCCACCACUCCAUUUAAGAUCAUCCUAAUGACAGAUGACCCAAGGAAUCCAUGCACAAUCUGGGGUGAGAUUGCCAGCGCUGCACAGCUAUAAGGAUAACGUCACUAUCAUCUUCAAAACUGUUGCAUGAACACACAGACUCUUGAAAGGGCUGCAAGAACUUUUGGAAUGGGCAAAAUCACAUAACUUUUCUACUUGUAAGGGAGUUUGGAAUGACCAGAUGUCGUUUGAGGUGGAUGGGGAAAGAAUCCUGGUGCUGGCAGAGAAGCCUAUUUGUAGUCUAGAAAGAGAAUAUGCAGCAGAUCUCCCAGAUAAAUAUAUUGCAGGGUUGGUUCUGAAGCAGCUGAAAGAGGGCCUGGGUGAAAUAGACCAUUGUCAUCUCCCAAACAAAUUCAAGGUCAGGUGUAACCAAUUUGUAACCAGUUACCAACAUUGUACAUUUGCCUGAUGUGGCCACUAAAAUUGUGAGCAAGGAUGCACACCAAGACCAACAGUUACGUCAAGAAGUGUCUGGGUUGAACGCAUUGUCUUUCAAAUGUGCAGUAGCAUUGUUUGGGAGAAAUGCCUUGGAACUGCAACUAAAGUCCUUCACCUUGGGCUACAAGCAGGAGAAGACCAGGCUAGUCCUAGAGCUAAGGGAUUCGACAGACCUUUCAGUGGGGGCUGGUCAAGCCCAGGUCCGAACAGGCCACAUUUGGAAAGCAGAAGAGGUUGUUAACAGGGUGGUUUCAAGGCUGCAGCAUCAAGAGAUUGUUGGAAUAACCCAGUCAGGAAGUGCAGGCCUUGGAUGUGUGAUGGCUCCCAAACUGUGGUGAGCAGCCUCAAGAAAGCAGAGGAAAGUGAUGGUAGUGAUAGAAGUAUCUAUAAUGGAAGAGGAAAUGGAUAUGAAUAGAUCAGUCAGUCAGCCAGCAGCAGCAAGUGUGCUGGAUGUAACGGUAGGAUACAUUUGAUAGAAUUUUAGGAUGGGCUGACUUGUGAAAGGUACCCCAGGCCAGGCUAAGUUUUCUAAUAAGAUCCACCUAUGACACCCUUCCAAGCCCUGGAAAUCUGUCACUGUGAUAAUCUGUCAUGCUCCCUCUGAGGAAGUUUAUUGAGUUUGUUAAAAAGGGAGGCGCCACACAAGGCACUGCACGGAUGGAAGCCAGAUUAAUCCUGGUGCCUGAGAGUGAUUGGAAAAUGGUGGUCGACCUUGGCCAGCAGCUGAAAUUCCCUUCUGAGGUCGCCUUUACUUUCUUGAGGCCAGAUGUAGUUUUAUUGUCAUGUCAGCUAGAAAAGUCAUAAUGAUUGAGCUUACUGUCCAAUGGGAAGAGGGACUGGAGGCAGCCUAUGAGAGGAAGAAGUUAAAAUAUGCUGAUCUGCAUGCCGAGUGCAGGGGAAAUGGAUGGAAGACUGCCACUUACCUUGUGGAGGUUGAGUGUAGAGGAUGUAUGAGAACAUCAGUGCAGUACCAAUUGAAAGAUAUUAACAUUGUUGUAGCAGCUUUGAAGAAGUAUCUGGAGAAAUUGCAGAGGAAGCUUAGAAAGGGAGCUCCUGGCUAUGGUUAAGUAGGAAGGACAAAUGUAGGUUGUGCAGAAAUUAGAAGAGUAUGAAUUGGGGACAUUUGUUGUGCAUGGUUAGGUAGUAUGUGGCAGAUGGGAAGGGGAAUGAUUUCCGAUGACCCACUCGGUCCUUAUCCAGAGUUUUCUGGAGGGGGAUUGAGUAGGGGAGCAUAACUAUGCCAAGAUGGGCGUUGGAGGGGUGGCUGACGCAGUCUCGCUGCUCGCCUCUCAUGUCGCGCUCCUACUUAAUCUGUUGGGAAAUAGGUUUGUGGAUAGGCAUUGGAGGGGUGGUAGGCAUAGUUUGGUAGCUUGUCUUUUCUAACAGAGAGGAAGCCUGGGACAUAGAGCAGGACUACUCAUGGGAGGGUUUAUUAAUCUCUAGCUUCAUGUUAUGACCUGUAAAGGAGGAAUGUCUUAACUGGAAGGCAGGAAUGAGAGGCGGUGGAAAGAAUCCAGUGUCAAGCUGCUGGGGGUUGAUGAGGAGACAUCCCUAAGUGUUGCCUCACCACCAGGAGAUGUUCCAGGAUUAAUGGGGCGAAACACCUUUGCUGAUGACCCUGUAGCUGGACGACUAAAGGCACUGGCAUAAGUGUGGCAGGCAGUAAUGCCCAGCAGAUUUAGACCGCUACCUGUGUACCUGAUGUAAACAUAAAAAAUAAAAAAAUUAAAAUAAAAACAAAUAAAAUAAAAAUUCAUUUGAGAAGCAGA